UUCUUUUCUUUUUUUUUUAAAUUGGCUUUUUCAAUUUACAUUCAAAGUCAAGUCAAUUGAUAGAAUACUUGAUACAUCUAUAUAGAUCAAUGCUUCCGUUUGCUUAUCCGUAUCCUCCAGAACAAUUGGAUGGGUUCUGGGGUAUCCCCACUUCAACUAUAGAUUGGUGCGAGGAAAACUAUGUGGUAUCAGAAUAUAUUGCUGAAGCUUUAAAUACUUUUACCAAUUCAGUAUUUAUAGCUUUAGCCACUUUUGCUAUAUUUCAUGCUUAUCAAAAUCAUUUAGAACCUCGAUUUCUAUUUACUGCAUUUGGAUUUUUACUUGUGGGGAUUGGUUCAUGGUUAUUUCAUAUGACUUUAAUGUAUCAUUUUCAAUUAUUAGAUGAAUUACCUAUGAUUUAUGCUACUUGUAUACCAUUUUGGUCAGUAUUUAGUGAAUUUAGAACAAAACGGGAAUCAAUUAUAGUUGGAAUUGGAAUUUUCUCUGCUGCUAAUUUAUUAACUUUAAUUUACUUACACUUUAGAGACCCCACCAUACAUCAAGCUGCAUACGCUCUUUUAAAUGCUUGUAUUAUAUUUAAAUCAUUAUCAUUAACAGGUGAACAUGUUGAUGAUAAAGGAGCUAAAUCUCAAUUAUAUAAAACUAUGACAAUUGGAGUUUUAAUCUUUUUACUUGGUUACUUUUUAUGGAAUCUUGAUAUUCAUUUUUGUACAUUUGUUAGAGGUAAAAGAAGAGAUUGGGGAAUUCCUUAUGGAUUUGUUUUAGAAGGUCAUGGUUGGUGGCAUAUCUUUACUGGAACUGGAGUUUAUUAUUAUUUAGUAUACUUGGAAUAUCUUAGAUGUUUCUUACAAGGUACUGAUGAGUUUUUUGAAUUUAAAUGGGUGGCUGGACUCCCAGUUGUAUAUUGCAUAGAUAAGCAUGGUCUUCAAAGACAUAAAGCCAUUAAAGCAUUAGCAGCUGCUGAUGCUGAACUUUCAGAAUUGGAUAAGAAAAAUCAAUAAGUAGGUCUUUUUUUAUAUAUCAAAUAGGCAAGAGCCAGGCCAGGCCAAUUCAAAAAUAAUUUAUAUUUAGCACAAAUGGGGAUAUUUUAAUUUUAUUAAUUAAAUUUUUUUUAUAUUUAGAAAUCAAU